GUUUAUGAAGGUAAACUACUGACCAGUACUUCCAGAGAAUGUUACUGAAGAAAGUCUGGAAGAGCUGGCAUUCUCUUGUGCAAAGGCAGUGGAAAGAAGUGGUAGAGCGAGUUUGUCAAGCAGGAGCUGAAGAAUUUUGUAUCCAGAUUUCCAAUGAUUAUGAGACCAAAGUUGCUAUGGCUUCCUGUCAGAUUGUUUGGAGCACAGACCUGAGGACCGCACAGGAAAUUUUCUCACUCUGUGGACAUGGGCAGCAAUGGUGGGCAGGCUGGCACCCACACCUAUCAGUCCCUCACCGAAGAUGCCCUCUUUGGCUCCAUGGAGCCACCCAGAAGACCCACGGGCCGACUGGUCAUGCACAGCCUGGCCAUGUUCGGCCGAGAGUUUUGCUAUGCGGUGGAAGCAGCUUAUGUGACCCCAGUGCUGCUCAGUGUGGGCCUGCCCGAGAGUCUGUACAGCGUGGUAUGGCUCCUUAGUCCCAUCCUGGGAUUCCUGCUGCAACCUGUGGUGGGCUCAGCCAGUGACCACUGCCAAUCCAGGUGGGGUCGCCGGAGACCCUACAUCCUCACGCUGGGCAUCAUGAUGCUCUUGGGCAUGGCUUUGUACCUCAAUGGAGAUGCUGUUGUAUCAGCUUUGAUUCUUAACCCAAGGAGGAAGCUGGUUUGGGCCAUAAGCGUCACCAUGAUAGGUGUGGUUCUCUUUGAUUUUGCUGCUGACUUCAUUGAUGGGCCCAUCAAAGCCUACCUAUUUGAUGUCUGCUCCCAUCGAGACAAGGAGAGGGGCCUCCACUACCAUGCCCUUUUCACAGGUGUUGGUGGUGCCCUGGGUUACCUCUUGGGUGCCAUAGACUGGGCCCAUCUGGAACUGGGAAGAGUGCUGGGCACAGAAUUUCAAGUCAUGUUCUUCUUCUCUGCCUUGAUGCUCACUUUGUGUUUUAUUAUUCAUCUGUGCAGUAUACCUGAAGCCCCACUUAGAGAUGUUGCAAAAGACAUUUCCCCACAGCAGGCCCCUCAAGACCCUUCAUUGUCAUCAGACAGAAUGUGCAAGUAUGGUUCUACUGAGAAAGCUAAAAAUGGUUAUGUAAAUCCAGAGCUGGCAAUGCAGGGAAGAAAAAACAAAAGUCCAGCUGAACAGGCGCAGAGGGUAAUGACCAUGAAGUCACUCCUGAGGGCACUGGUGAACAUGCCUCCCCACUACCGCUGCCUUUGUAUCAGCCACCUCAUUGGAUGGACUGCCUUCCUGUCCAACAUGCUCUUUUUCACAGAUUUCAUGGGCCAGAUUGUGUACCGUGGGGAUCCCUAUAGUGCGCACAACUCCACAGAGUUUCUCAUCUACGAAAGAGGGGUCGAGGUUGGAUGUUGGGGAUUGUGCAUCAACUCUGUGUUUUCUUCACUUUAUUCUUACUUUCAGAAGGCUUUGGUGCCCUACAUUGGCUUAAAGGGGCUUUACUUCAUGGGGUAUUUGCUGUUUGGCUUAGGGACGGGAUUUAUAGGUCUCUUUCCAAAUGUCUACUCCACCCUGGUCCUGUGUACCUUGUUUGGUAUAAUGUCCAGCACCCUGUACACCGUCCCCUUUAACCUCAUGGCUGAGUACCACCUUGCGGAGGAGAAGGAGAGGCGGCAGGCUCCAGGAUGGAGCUCAGACAGCAGCGGCACGGAACGUGGGAAGGGCGUGGACUGCGCCACACUCACCUGCAUGGUACAGCUGGCCCAGAUUCUGGUUGGAAGUGGUCUAGGCUUUCUGGUCAACACAGCUGGGAGCGUCAUCGUUGUGGUGAUCACAGCCUCUACGGUGGCAUUAAUUGGCUGUUGCUUUGUGGCUGUCUUUGUUAGAUAUGUGGGUUAGGUCAAUAAAGAGACAAUGAUCCUAACCUCAAACAAGUGAAGCACACAGCAAGGAAUCCGUCUUUUCUCUGGUUCGGCACCUUGAGGGUCUAGCCAUUGGGUGUCCUACAUUGUGAUUUCAGCUGUGGUCAUCUGCCCACCCCUCCACUAGGCCUGGCUCCCUUGCGAAGAAGACCCAUGUUUCAGGCAUCGUUUGCCUGGACUCUACCUCUGUGCAAGGGUAAGUAUGGCUGGGAGCACGUGCCACCCUGCAUCUUCCUCACUGGGUCUCAGUGCAAACACAGAGCAAUUCAGGUCUUGACCCCUAAGGAGCAGACUAAUUCUAUCUGGGAUCCUUAUAUUUAUUGUAUAAUAGGAUUUUUUUUUAAAAGUCAGCAGUGCUUACAUAAUUGGACAGUCACAUAUUUCACUAAAUUCACAAACAAAAUAUGACUGAGUUUUAUACUGAUUUAUUUAUAUUAAUUUGCUCAUAAUUAAUUUCUAUUAAUGUAUGACAUUCUGGGAAUCUGCUUGAAACUUUAAUGUUCAUUUGAUUACACAGUAAAAUUAUUUCUGUGUAGCCUGUUUGUUGUUUCAUCCUCUGGAGUUUAUAUGAAAAAUUUUCAAUGAUCUUCUGUCCCCAAGCUAAGCAGUCUUCCUCUAGCUAUAUCCCUCCAACUGCCUCCUCUGGGGUGAAGUUUUUAGUAGCUUGGAAGCCAGAAUGCUUAACAGGAAAUUAUUGUGAGUGGUGGACAGCUCAUUUUGAAUCCUGACUUUGUUCCUCACUGGUGAACCCUUUGGUCCUCCUAAGCUGCACUCACUCAUCUAUACAUUUUGAAGAAUAACUCCUGUACCAGAGAGUUGUGAUUAAUGAUCUAUAACAUAGGGUGCAUACCACUAUUCUAAAUGUUUUGCCUGUGUCAACGAAGCAAUUCUGAGAGUUGAUGCUCUC